UGGUUGUUCGCUUGGAAAAUAUACACUGGGCACAAAGUUGUGUGCCUGCGCUAAAAUUUAUCUAUUAUCGCCGUGUUCUUUCACAGUUUUAACCGCAGCUACUUGCGUUGCAUUCGCCACUACGCGCCACCAGCCACGAUGGCCAACGCGGAGGCAAUUCAGGUGAGCUCGUUGCCUCUGCCACCGGCGCACCUGUACAACCUGUACACGGAAGAAAACAUUCGCAAAAACCGUGCACCGAAGCCGCCGGCCCCGAUUCAGGAUGCGUACACCAUGUUCGGAAGUCCGUUCAGUAACGACGACAACAUCAUCCGGCCGCUCGAAAGCCAAGGCUUCAAGCGACUCUACCCGCAGCACUUCGAUCGCCGGAAGGAGCUGAAGAAGCUGAACCACUCGUUGCUAGUUAACUUUCUCGAUCUGAUUGACCUUCUGGUGCACUACCCGGACAGCCCGCGGAGGGCAGAAAAGAUCGAAGAUCUGAGCCUGUUGUUCGUCCACAUUCACCAUUUGCUGAACGAAUUUCGGCCACACCAAGCACGGGAAACACUGCGCGUCAUGAUGGAACUGCAGAAGCGGCAGCGAAUAGAGACGGCCCAGCGCUUCCAGAACCACCUGGAGAAGGUGCGGGAGAUGGUGAAGAACGCGUUUGCAUCGUUGCCCGAUCUGACGGAGUCAGACCGAUUGGCGAGCGGGCUGGAACCGAUGGACAUUGGGGAAUCCGGAGAUUUGAUCGGUGGUCGGGGAGAUUGCCAUCCGCUGGAUCGGUUAAUGUGCGAGAUAGUCGACCGGAUGUGAGCGCCCUGACGUGGGACGCGCCAAAACCACUCAUCCCAUGCCACACUAUUUCAUUUCUUGUAUGUUUUGUAAUCAUAAUCCUUUAGGAAGCAUUCGUCAACGGAAAACAUUAUCGGGAGGUAUU